AUGCGUCUCGUAGCAUUAUUUUCCGCUGGUCUCGCCGUGCUUCCCUAUGCUGUCUCCGCCCAGAAAUCCGUCUUCGCCCAUAUCGUAGUAGGCAAUACCGCAGCCCACUCAGUUACCACCUGGGGGACCGACAUCUCUCUCGCCCAAGCUGCAGGCAUCGAUGCCUUCGUCUUGAAUAUCGGCCUCGGAGACACCAACACGCCUGGUCAGGUCGCCAACGCAUUUUCCGCAGCUGAAGCUGCAGGGAGCACAUUCAAGCUCUUCUUCGCUUUCGAUUACCUGGGCGGCCCAUCAGGGGCAUGGCCCGCCACUGGCGAUUUUCCCAAUUCUGUGGUUUCCUUUGUGAAUAAGUAUAAAACGAGCCCGGCGUACUUUAAGUUCAAUAACUUGCCCUUCGUUUCUACUUUCGAGGGUACCGGCAAUGUGAAUGAUUGGGCACAAGGUGGUCCGAUCCGCUCUGGGACGGGAGGCGUGUACUUCGUGCCUGACUGGACUAGUCUUGGUCCUGGGGGAAUAACUGGGGUGUCGGAUAAAAUUGAUGGGGCCUUUAACUUCGAUAUGUGGCCCGAGGGAGCGCAUAAUAAGACGGCUGAUGUUGAUAAAGCGUGGCAAGGUGCCCUUGGCCAAAAGAGCUAUAUGAUGGGUGUAUCGCCGUGGUUCUUUCACAGCGCCACUGGAUUUGGGCCAAACUGGUUGUGGAGAGGUGAUGACCUAUGGGCUGAUAGCUGGGCGCAAACUCUUGAUGUGAAUCCGCAAUUCGUACAAAUCGUGACAUGGAAUGAUUACGCCGAAGCAACCUACAUCGGCCCCCUCCAUGACCCCAGUGAAAUCGCCGCUGGCUCAGGCCAAUACGUGAACAACAUGCCCCAUGAUAGCUGGCGCGACUUCCUCCCCUACUACAUCGGGAAAUUCAAAAAUAGCCCUCCCGCCAUCGACCGCGACCAAAUGCAAUUCUGGUACCGCCUCGCCCCUGCAUCUGCAGGCUCGACUUGUGGUGUUACCGCCAAUAAUCCUAACCAGGGACAACAAGCACUACCCCCCGAUGCUGUAUUACAGGAUGGGGUAUUCUUCAGCGCACUCUUGAAGGCUGAUGCAAAGGUUACGGUCCAAAUUGGCUCGGGGCCGCUGGUUAGCUUUGAUGGGAAGCAAGGAAUUAAUCAUUGGAGUACGCCAUUUAACGGAAAUACAGGAGCGCCGGUUUUUAGUAUUGUUAGGGAUGGGGUGACAGUUAAUUCUGGGAAAGGAGCGGCGAUUGAGGCAAAUACGAAUCUGCCGAGCGGGUGUGCGAAUUAUAAUGCUUGGGUAGGAAGUUUUUGA